CCCACAACUCGCAAAAGAUUAUAAAAUCAUUUUCGCUCAUUUUUUUAUCCUAUUCCAUGGCGCCAUCUGCGGCCUCCAACGUCUCCAACAGCACCAGCACCAGUAAUACCAGCAAAACUAAUGCCGCCAAGCCCACAACGCCAAUCCCACCCCUGGAGGCGGGCCACUUGGAGAGGCUCGAGGCACCCCUCGCCGACGUCCCUGGCAUCGCGAGGGCUUUCGAAGUGAUAUACCACAACCUCGCUCUGACAGCCUCAGACCAGUUCCUGCCCACGCCCAUCCGUGCGCUGCCGACCGGGGAGGAAAAGGGCAGGUUUCUAGCGCUUGACCUUGGUGGCACGAACUUAAGGGUUGCGGUGGUCUGGCUAUACGGGGGGAGCAGGUUGAAGGUUUGCACACGGGGGAGCUGGGGCAUUCCCCAGCAUUUCAAGACUGGGGCUGCCGAGGUGUUAUUCCGCUGGGUCGCGGACAGGAUUGGGGAUGUCGUUGGGGAGUAUCUGGGUGAUGUGGGGAGCGAGGAGAGGGAGAGGGUUCUGUCUGAGGGGAUGGAGUUGGGGGUUACUUUUAGUUUUCCGAUGGAGCAAACUGCUCAUGAUUCGGCUCUUUUAAUGCCAAUGGGUAAAGGAUUCACUUUCACGACCACCAACGACCUCCCAAGCCUUUUAAAAACGGCCUAUGACGACCUCCUCUCCACCACCACUCCCGCAUACCCCCUCCCGAAGCUAGACAUCCUAUCCAUAACCAACGAUUCCAUUUCAACCCUCCUCUCAGCAGCCUACCUUCACCACUCCACGGAAGACACUCGCGCAGUAGCAGGCAUCAUAGCAGGCACAGGGACAAACGCAACUUGCCUCUGCCCCGUCUCCAAACUCCCAGUUUUGAAGCAGCCAACAUCAGGCCCAAACACGGACGCCAUCCUACUAAACACGGAAUGGAGCAUCCGCGGCACCGCGCCCCCGCUGAAACCGUACAUCACCACCUGGGACGUGCAACUCGACCUCGAGAACGAGAAACCGGGAUUCCAGCCCUUCGAGGAAAUGGUCGGGGGGAGAUAUCUCGGCGAACUGGUACGCCUCGUGUGUUUAGAUCUCUUCUCCUCCAGCGUACCCAAAUCGCAACUCCCAGAAAAGAUGAAACUCCCCUACGGCCUUGACACAAAACUCUGCAGUGACGUGGAAGCUUCGGUAAACGACGAUGAAGCACUCUCGCUACUACAGGAUUACUUCGACCCAGACACCUCUUCAUCCACCUCCUCCUCCACCGCCACCACCACUGCCGCCACCACCGGCGGAGACCUGGAAGAGUGGAAGUGGGACCUACCCUCCGCCGCCAGCUUCCGCCGUAUAUCAGCCGCCGUAUCAACUCGCGCCGCAGCACUCAUCGCUGCAGCCACGAUCGGCGUACUCGGCGUCAACGAUGAGCUGAAAUGCCACGUCGAGAAGGAAGUGCUCGUCUGCUACACCGGCACCGUACUGGAACAGUACCCGACGUUCAGAGAACGCUGCGAGGGGUUCAUGAUGGAGGUUGUCGAGCGCUGGGUCGUCGAGGGCAGGAUCCCACCCACCUCUAGCGGUAAGAGACGGGCCGUGAGACUGGUCGAGGCGAAGGAUGGGGGCAUUGUUGGCGCAGUAGUGUUGGCGGGGAUGGUUAAAGAGGGGAGAACUUGAUCUCUUCUUCCUGCUUCACUCCCCUUUGGAAGGCUUUUUCUUCCCCCCCCCGUAUUAUAUAAGUUAACCCUCUCCUUUUCGUAACGGGACUGGUAUCGGGUGCAUACGGCGCUCUGGUAUGGUAUGGUAUGAUAGUAACAUAACCCUGUUAUGCCAUGCACUAAGGUAAUUAUUCAUUUUUGCGUGGUGGGUUGGGAUCGAUCAAGUUUAUGUUCUGAUAGCCAUAGGGUUCUUUUCUUUGAUGAGUUUUUUUUUCUAUUGGUUUUGGAAUUUGCGUGCGCAUGUUUUUUUUUUGCUCGGAGCGGGAAUGUGCAAUGAGAUAGAUUAUGACUUUUCAGUAUUAUACCUCUUUUUUUCCCCCACUUACCGGGGGGUCUACUCGCUCUUUGUAUCACGUUUGAACAAUCGAGUCCCAGAUUCCAUGGUCCAA